AUGGAACAUCACCGUCAAAUUGACCCGUUUGCAGCACGUAUGGCGUUUUUGGCCCUGCUGAAAAAGCUGAAUGCCUCACAACUUUCAAUACAAAAAGCUGUAAAGUUUGCGUUAAGACAUAGACAUCGAUAUGAAGACCUGUUUGCAUGUAUUAUGGAGAUUUUGAUGGAGUUGUCGGUGUACUCUCGCCUCAAUAUCUUAUAUCUUUUAGACUCUCUCUGUGAAAAUGCGUUUCAAAUGAACAUGCAAGAGUAUAAAGAGCUUAUAGAGAAGAAUUUGGUGAAGAUAAUACAAAUGAUUGCUCCAGAGAACAGUCAAGGUGAAAUGAAUUCUCACAGCGCGUAUAAGGUUUUAAUGAGUUGGAAAAGCAAAGAAAUUCUCGCUUUGCAGCCCAUAGAAGACUCUUUACUCUGGUUGAAGAAUCGCCAAAUAGUGGACGAAGAAGAAGAAUUGGAGGAAUUGAGUCGUACUGACAUGUUAAGACGGAUCGAAGAUGAUAGGGAGAGGAGUAAACGGCAUAGGGAAGACAUGUGGGUGAGAAUUGGCACUGAUCAAGUUGAAAAAGAAUUCGAUGAGAUGUGGGAGACGUGUUCGAAUUUGGAUGAUAAGGAUUAUUUUGUGAUGAUCACGGAGAAUAUGAGGUAUAUGCCGAACUAUCCCUGGACUGAAGAGUUAUUAGAAAUAAAAGCUUGGGAAGAAAAACAAAAA